ACCAACCAAGCAAGUAUUCUUUACUUUGUCUUCUUCUCUUCUUCUGUACGACUAAGAUCCAUUUCUUCUUCCUUCUGCGCACUCAUUCUCUUCUCAGUACAAGAAUUAAGAGCUUAUAUUUGGAGAAUCGAUUGAAGAAAUUUAGUUACCUUUGAACUGCUAAAGAAAUCGGGCGAUAAUGGCGGCACCGGUGGUGGAUGCAGAGUACAGGAAGGAAAUAGAGAGGGCUCGCAGAAACCUUAGAGCUCUCAUUUCCUCCAAGAACUGCGCCCCUAUCAUGCUCCGCUUAGCGUGGCACGACGCGGGGACUUAUGAUGCUAAAACAAAGACAGGAGGGCCUAAUGGAUCAAUCAGGAACGAGGUAGAAUUGAAGCAUGCUGCCAAUAACGGCUUGAAAAUUGCAGUCGACCUAUGUGAGGACAUAAAAGCUAAACAUCCAAAAAUUACAUAUGCUGACCUCUAUCAGCUGGCUGGUGUUGUAGCAGUUGAGGUAACUGGAGGCCCUACCAUUGAUUUUGUCCCAGGUAGAAAGGACUCUGUGGUUUGUCCGGAAGAAGGCCGCCUUCCUGAUGCUAAGGAAGGUGUAUCACAUUUAAGAGAUGUCUUCUACAGGAUGGGUCUUUCUGAUCAGGAUAUUGUGGCGCUCUCUGGGGGCCACACAUUGGGUAGGGCUCAUCUAGAGCGAUCUGGUUUUGAUGGACCUUGGACAUAUGAACCUCUGAAAUUUGACAACUCAUAUUUCUUCGAGCUUCUGAAAGGCGAUUCAGAAGGCCUUUUGAAACUUCCCACAGAUAAAGCUCUGGUAGAGGACCCUGAAUUUCGUCGAUUUGUGGAGAUUUAUGCAAAGGAUCAGGAGGCAUUCUUCAGAGAUUAUGCAGCCUCACAUAAGAAACUUUCAGAGCUUGGAUUCAACCCACCUUCCUCUCGUUUCAAAUUAGCCCAAGCUGCAUUUGGAGUAGCUGUUGCUGCAACUGUAGUCAUCUUGAGUUACUUCUACGAAAUUAACAGAAGAGCCAAGUAAACAAGAUUUCUGAAUUAUUUACGUUCAAUUGAAUUAUGUCAUAGCAACUAUAUAUCUUGUCACAGUUGUGAUUCACAUGAAGAUCAAAUAAUGCAAUUGUCCUCUCAUAUGCUAUGGGGGCAAACAUUUAGACCAAUAUCCUUUGAAGGAUUUUCCUUUGUAAUGUAAUCUUUAUGUUGCCA